AUGAAUUACAGUCAAGCGGUGGAGCUGCGGCUCUACGAAGCCAUCAAGAUUGGCGACCAAUUCACCGCCUUGGAGCUGGCGAAGGUAGCCGAUCUCUACACGACACGAGAUGGGUUCACUCUUCUGCACCAUGCUGCGUAUUACAAUCGGGCGCAGUUCAUAGCCGCUCUGUACGUCUAUGUUGAUUUCGCAAAAUUGAAAGACGAACUUGUUAACGACACGUCCAACGAUUUCUAUGGACUCUCGUCGAUGGAUAUCGCCGAAAAGAUGAACCACAUGGACGUAGUGAACAUUAUUAAAGAGGUUGCCCAGUCGGAAAGGUUCUUGACUCCCCUGCACCGAGCGGCGAGAGCUGGGGACACGAAAGCUAUUGGCAAACUCGUUAAGGCCGGGCAGCAAGUGAACGCGACGAGCAAAUACGGGAACACGCCGCUACAUAUGGCAUGUAGCGCGGGAAAGUUAGGUGCGGUGAAAAAGCUAAUCAAACUGGGCGGACACGUCAAUGCAAGGACCUCGCGGGGAGAGACGGUGCUGCAUCGAGCGGCAAGCUGGGGACACUACGAUAUAGUUGUAUAUUUGAUUACGAAAGAAGGAUUCCGCGACGUCAACGUCUUGAAUGAAGAUUUAGAGACGCCGCUACACAGAGCUGCCUACUACGGCGCUGCCAAUAUCGCCGAGCUUUUGAUACAGAAAGGAGCAUGGGUUGACGCUAGAAAUAAGCAUAAAAUAACCCCGCUACAUCGAGCGUCUUAUAACGGCCAUUUGCGAAUCGUCCAGCUGUUGGUGCAGCGUGGAGCGCAGUUAAACCGACCGAACUACAACGGUAACUCUCCGGUUCAUCUCGCGGCCGAAAAGGGACAUUUGGGCGUAGUAGACUACUUGUUGAGGAAAGGCUCUGAUGUGAAUAUGGUCGGUGAGUUCGGAAAUACAUCACUGCAUUUCGCCGCAGGAAAUGGCCAUGUAUCUGUAACGGACAUGAUUUUACAAAACAAUGCAUUGCCCAAUAUAAGAAACAAGGAUGAAUCCACACCACUCCACCUGGCUGCAAUUCAUGGUCACACGGGUGCCGUGCGAGUUCUCCUUCAACAUGGAGCCCAGGUGGACGCCAUCGGCGAACAUCGCGCAACGCCUCUCCUUAUGGCUUGCUCCAGCGGCAAACUGGACACCGUUGAAGUGUUACUGCAUGGCGGCGCAUUGGUAAAUGCGACAACGGAUAAACGAAAUACGCCGCUGCACUAUUCGUCGGGAAAGGGACACACGCUCGUCGCGGAGCUACUCAUACAAGAGGGCGCUAUCGUCGAUUCUACAGAUAGUUACGAUGCCACUCCGCUGCACCACGCGUCCGACCAGGGCCAUUCCAGUGUGGCACAGCUUUUGUUGGAAGAAGGUGCAAAUGUGGAUGCCAUGAACCAGUAUAAUCGGACCCCUCUUCACUAUUCUGCUGAAAAAGGCCAUUCCAUGGUUGCAGAAGUACUGCUAAAACAUGAUGCCAUGGUGAACGCCAGUAAUACGUACCUCGCUACUCCACUCCAUCUUGCGGCCGAUAAGGGGCACCUUGACGUUGCCCGCCAGCUACUACGAGCUAACGCUGAUGUAGAAGCAAAGGACAAAGAGGACUGGACACCAUUACAUUUUGCUUCAGAACGAGGUCACCUGCACAUCGUUAAGUUAUUGGUAGAGAAAAACGCCCCAGUUGAUGCGGAGAAUAAAUUCAAAGACACUCCACUGUUAAUGGCUUCAGCAAACGGGCAUCUCCAAACAUGCGAUUACCUAAUCCGCAGCGGCGCGUGCGUGAACGCUAUCGGUGACGAAGAUGAGCAAGGGUGCAAAAUUACACCUAUCCACGCAGCUGUCUCUGGUGGACAUCUCCCGGUGGUGGAACUCUUAAUCAAGAAUGGCGCCGAGGUGAACCCAUCCGAGGAAGGCAUCGUUACUCCGUGUCACCUGGCGGCAUCCAGUGGUAACACCCUCGUUCUCGAAAGUCUGAUUCAACAUGGUGCGAAUAUUAACAGAAUUGCCGAAGUCGACGGCUGGCAACACCGACCGAUCCACGUUGCUGCCGAGGAGGGCCACCUGGCUAUGGUCGAGCUGCUUGUUCACAAAGGAGCUGUCAUAAACGCGCCCGAUACUGACAGACCGCUGCACCGAGCUGCAGCUAACGGUAGACUGCCUGUCGUCGAGAUGCUACUGUUGAAGGGUGCGGUUAUUGACGCCCCAAAUCGCUACCACUCGACGCCCCUGCACGUCGCGUCUGACAACGGUCACGCCGAUGUCGUCCAGUGUCUACUUGAGAAAGGCGCCAACUUUACUCGUAUCAAUUCAUACGGCCGCACGCCUCUUCAUUACGCCGCCGAGAAGGGCCACGUUCAAGUGUCUCACAUAUUAAUCAAAGCUGGCUCACGUGUCAAUGUACCGGAUAAAAAUCGUGAAACCCCAAUGGACCUGGCGUUACGAAAUAACCACUCCGAUAUGGUGGACUACUUGCAACAGAGAAGUGGCAAGAACUGUGUCAUACAGUAAUACAGACUAACAUACCGCCAACCUUUUCCCGCCAUCUAACGUUAUGCUUAUCAUUGCCAUAUUGAAUAAUAUUAAUGUUGAUACAAUUUAAGCGGCAGUGGUCACAGGAUAAACCGCCGUACACGACGGCUGAAACCGAGACACGUGUAUGCAAAUUAUAUAUCCAACUACCUGGUGAACCUGUCAAUCAAAUCGUUGUAUCAUCGGCUGGUUUUGUUUAUAAAGCCCCUCACACGCUCGUCAAUUAUUGAUAUUCAACUGUCGCCUGUAUAUUGUCUCAUAGGCAGUGGAGGGUAUGGCAUUACGAUUUAGUAUAAUUCAACGUCGGCGCAUUCACCCAGACAUGCGUUGUAAUUUUAAUAGUUUAGAUAUUGAAACUCCAAAAACACAUUCUUUUAACUAGAGUGAGCAGUUUUUUUUCCAUACUGUUUUAGAAAUAACACUUUUCUUUUUAUGUGCCGUUUUACUGGUGCCGAGAUGCAAUUUCAGACGAAGAAAUUAAAAAAGAAAUCCCCCAACGAACUCAGAUUAGUUUAUGGGUCGAAACUGAACUCUGAUUUGGCUAUAAAAAGUCAUUAAUUUCUUAUGCUAAAUUGGACCUGCUUUAAUGUAAAUACAAAUCACUGAUCAUGUACAGUUUUACUUUUCAAUCUACUUUUUUUUUCAAAAUACGUCCGUAGAAACGAAGUAAAUGAUACCAUAGGCUAUACAUCUUAUAAAAUAUAUUAUACAAAUCUAUAAUAAUUGUGUGCAAUAAACACGAAAACUUCUGAUCUGACAUGGCAUCUUCUUGCCGUUGAGCGCCCUCUUUAGCGAAAAAUUAGCCUCUUGUGCGCAGUGCCUUUGAGGGCAGCAAACAAAACGCAAGAAAGCAACAUGAAGCUGCCAUUGGCUCUCCUGUAAUAUAUUAUGGGCCAAUUGGACCCAUAUGAAACAGAGAAUCAUUCACUUGAA